ACUGACAGCUGUCAUCACCUUAACCUCCAUUUGAUUUGUAAUCGGUUCGGAAAAAUAUUAUUUUGUUUGUAAAUUAUCGGGUGAAACAUGUCCAAUUCAGAUGUAUACAACGAUUUGACGCUGUUUUUUACGACAGAAAAGUUUUAUUUACAACCAAAAGCCAGCGAUGAGUUAAUAGUGAUUGAUAGGGCGUCUGAUGAGGUGUCUGUGGCCAAAAACUGCGGGCAAAUACCGCCGAAUUCGUGCAGCCAGGAUUUCUGCGGAUUACUCGGAGUAAUAAAGUUGGUUGCUGGCCGUUACCUCAUCAUAGCCACCCAAAGAGAGUUAGUGGGUAAUAUAGCAGGACACGCAGUAUGGCGUUUAGUUCAGAUAAAAUUGAUUCCAUACAGCAGAAGCAUGCUUCAUUUAAACACAGAACAAGCUGCCGAUAAUCAAGCUUACAUAAGCAUGGUGGAGCAAAUUCUAGCAACCCCAAACCAUUACUUCAGUUACACCUACGAUUUAACCCACACCUUGCAAAGAUUGCAUGAUUUUGGUCCGGAUUUCUGGCAGCAAUCUCUACUUGAAAGGGCUGACCAAAGGUUUGUUUGGAAUGGCUUUUUGCUCAGAGAGUUCAAAGGUCUAGCUGGUGCUAAAAAAUUCUGCCUUCCCAUAGUGCACGGUUUCAUUUCCAUUAACCAGUGCGUUCUGAACGGCGCGAAUUUGUCGUGGAUUUUGAUUUCCAGGAGGAGUGUUCAAAGGGCUGGCACUAGAUUGCACAGAAGGGGAAUCGAUAAGGACGGUAAUGUGGCCAACUUUGUCGAGACAGAGCAAUUGGUGGAUUAUCAGGGCGAUAAAGCUAGUUUUGUGCAGGUUAGGGGUUCUAUACCGCUGUUUUGGCAUCAGAAUCCCGAUUUACGUUACAAACCACCCCCAACUUUGUUGGAAAUCGAUCCCCAAGAACACAAUGCCGCCUGUCAGAAGCACUUGGAAGCUUUGGCGGUUUUGUACGGUAAACAGGUUAUGGUUGAUUUGGUUGACCAAAAGGGUUCUGAGGGUAGAUUGGAGAAGGCUUUCAAAGACACCAUACACACUUUGGCUUACCCUUCAGUUAAAUAUGAACCGUUUGAUUUUCACGCCGAGUGCAGGAAGAUGCGGUGGGAUAGAUUGUCCAUUUUAAUUGAUAGGUUGGCUUUGGACCAGGAUGAGAUGGGAUAUUUUCUAUUGUUAAGAGAUGGUUCGUUGUCCUUACUUCAGGAGGGCAUUUUUAGAACUAACUGUAUAGAUUGCCUGGACAGAACCAAUGUUGUCCAAAGCAUGCUGGCACAUAGAAACCUGGAAAUAGUCCUGAAAAAAUUAAAUGUAAUCCAGACAAAUCAACGGCUGGAAGAGCAGUACACUUUCGAGCAUUUAUUCAAAAAUGUGUGGGCAGAUAAUGCAGACGUUAUAAGCACUCAAUAUUCGGGCACUGGAGCCCUGAAAACCGAUUUUACCCGUACCGGUAAACGCACAAAGUUUGGUUUGAUACAAGAUGGAAUAAACUCGAUGACGCGUUAUUACAAAAACAACUUAUCUGAUGGCGUGCGCCAAGAUGCCAUCGAUUUGUUUCAUGGAAAUGCUGAAGUUAUUUCGCCUCUUAGAAUCGACAGGGGUUGGCGUUACAUGACAUUCCCCUCUGUAUUACUAGUAGCUGUGGCAAUGUUUGUUGCUUCGGCUGUACUGCCUGCAGAAUAUUCCACCGAGUCUCUGUUGUACUUGCUGUUUUGGGGGUCCAUGGUGGGAGCUUCAGGCCUAAAUAUACUCAAGUAUGGUAUCGAGUUUGUGGAUAAACCUAGACUAACUCAGUCCUAAGUCUAGUCAAUUAUUUUGUUGUGCACGGUUGGAGACAAUGGUUAAGGAGAUUAUUGUAAAAUAAGGUGUUUUUAUUCCAAUAUAUUAAUAAGAAUUAUUAAGUAUUGUAUUUCUAUGUUUUAAUUAUUUAAUUAUGUUGUUGCUAAUUGUAUACAAAUUGCUGUAAGGUAGAAAAUUGUUAAAAGUAUCUACAUGUUUAAAAU